AUGUCUCUCGCAACUCUUGACAUCUCGCAACAUCCGAAUCUCCCUGCCUCCGCGCAAACCCUCUUCAAGGCCAAGGCGGACAAGAAGCUGAGCUUCGAGCAAAUCGCCCAGCAUAUCGGCCGGAAUGAGGUCGCCGCUGCCGCUCUCUUCUAUGGCCAGGCCAAGGCCUCUCCCGAGGACAUUGUCAAGCUCUCCGAGCUUUUGGACAUUCCGACGCCCCUGCUCGAGGAGCAACUGAGCGGCUUUCCCGAUCGUGGUCGUUCCGUCGAGAUGCCCCCGAAGGAACCCCUGAUCUACCGUCUGUACGAGAUCGUCCAGAACUAUGGCUAUGCCUACAAGGCGGUGUUGAACGAGAAAUUCGGAGACGGGAUCAUGAGUGCCAUUUCGUUCUCCACCAAGGUCGAGAAGGAGACGGACCAGGAUGGGAACAACUGGGCGGUGAUUACUCUGCGGGGGAAGUGGUGA